AAAGACCUAGACCCAAAUGAGAAACCCUUCACUUAAGUUUCACCUUCUAUAACUAGAGCAUCAGGAAGGUAGAUAGAGCGAAGGAGAACUACAACUAACGCCACCAAGACCAGGCUGCUAAUGCGACCACUCACGAACGCGACUACCUAAUACAACCAGACCAGCAACCUGCGAACCCUAACAAGAGUAAAAACGGAGUCGUUUUUGGUCUAAGAAGAAAUCCUCUUGACUCAUCAACUCGGUUGCAGACUCGCGAGUUCACCGAGUUCGUCUACCGAGUUCAGAGCAAGUCUACCGAGUUUUCUCAAAAAGAGUUUGCUUCCGAGUCUAACUCGUCCAGGGUGAGUGUAAAAGAUAAAGUAGAAAAGUAGAUGGUGGGUGAAACGGGAAAGUUGUUUGGUUUGGGAUGUGAUCCAGUAGUGGGAUCACUGACUUCUUCAAAGAAGAAGGAAUACAGGGUUACAAAUCGUCUCCAAGAGGGAAAGCGUCCUCUAUAUGCUGUUGUUUUCAACUUCAUAGACUCCCGCUAUUUCAAUGUCUUUGCCACUGUUGGUGGCAAUAGGGUUACAAUUUAUCAAUGUCUUGAAGGAGGAGUUAUUGCUGUUUUGCAAUCUUAUGUAGACGAAGAUAAGGAUGAGUCUUUUUACACAGUGAGUUGGGCAUGCAAUGUUGAUGGAACUCCAUUUGCUGUGGCUGGAGGAAUUAACGGGGUUAUCCGAGUCAUUGAUGCUGGCAAUGAGAAGAUACACAAGCAGAGUUUUGUUGGCCAUGGAGACUCUGUAAAUGAAAUCAGGACUCAAACAUUAAGGCCAUCGCUUGUGAUAUCUGCAAGCAAAGAUGAAUCUGUCCGCUUGUGGAAUGUUCAUACUGGCAUAUGCAUUUUGAUAUUUGCUGGAGCUGGAGGACAUCGUAAUGAAGUUUUAAGUGUUGAUUUUCAUCCAUCAGAUAUAUAUCGCAUUGCUAGUUGUGGCAUGGAUAACACUGUAAAAAUAUGGUCUAUGAAAGAGUUCUGGACAUACGUAGAAAAAUCAUUCACUUGGACAGAUCUUCCUUCUAAGUUUCCCACAAAAUAUGUCCAGUUUCCGGUUUACAAUGCUUCAGUUCAUUUAAAUUAUGUUGACUGUAAUAGGUGGCUUGGUGAUUUUAUCCUCUCAAAGAGUGUUGACAAUGAAAUUGUCUUGUGGGAACCUAAAGUGAAGGAACAAACUCCUGGGGAGGGUGUAGUUGACAUCCUUCAGAAAUACCCUAUUCCCGAGUGUGAUAUCUGGUUCAUCAAGUUUUCUUGUGAUUUCCAUUUCAACAUAGCUGCUGUGGGUAACAGGGAAGGGAAGAUUUUUAUUUGGGAAUUGCAGUCAAGUCCUCCUGUACUUCUUGCAAGGUUGUCACAUCCUCAAUCAAAAUCUCCAAUCAGACAGACUGCUACAUCUUUUGAUGGAAGUACUAUAUUGAGUUGCUGUGAGGAUGGGACAAUAUGGCGUUGGGAUGAAGUUACAAACUCCUCAACCUAACCUAUCUCUGCUUAUUCUAGUAUGAUGUACCAAGAUCACUUAUUAAAUAAUUUACUUUAGCCUGUGAAACCACGAAAAUGUUUGCUCUUAAGUUGUGUGAUUUCUCGUUUGAAAUUUGACAAUGCAGAAGGAUUUCUACUACCAA